AUGUCGGGUCUGUAUGAUUUAAAAAUAGCCCCAUCUCAUCUUCUGCCUGACACGCUGCUCCAGCGAGGCUCAUAGUGGUGCGAGCAGCAGGAAUGUGAAGAUGGCUACAGAUCUGGGAGAGCUACUGGUCCCGUACAUGCCCACCAUUAGAGUACCGAGGACAGGAGACAGGGUUUUCAAGAGCGAAUGCGCUUUUUCCUACGACUCUCCUGAAUCGGAAGGAGGUCUGUAUGUGUGUUUGAACUCAUUCCUGGGUUUCGGAAGAGAACAUGUGGAGAGACAUUACCGUAAAACUGGACAGAGUGUGUACAUGCACUUAAAACGACACGUGAAAGAGAAAGCCACAGGUGCUGCAGGGGGUGCCUUACCGAGAAGAAGGAACGGAAAAGUAUUUUUAGAUUUAGAGCUUAACCGUGAUUUUAACGGAGAUGAUUAUGAGUAUGAAGAUGAAGCCAAGCUUGUCAUAUUUCCAGACCACUUUGAGAUCCCUUUACCAAAUAUUGAGGAGUUGCCCGCACUGGUGACAAUAGCCUGUGAUGCCGUCCUCAAUGCUCCGUCUCCAUACAAAAAGCAGGAAUCUGAUUCAUGGGAAGAGGAGAUCCAAGUAUCUAAACAUGCCAGAAGUCUCAGACAGCAGGAGAGUGGGGUUCGAAUUCCUCCCAGCGGCUGGAAGUGCGCCAAGUGUGAAAUGAGAGAGAACCUGUGGCUAAACCUGACGGAUGGCUCUGUCCUCUGUGGGAAGUGGUUCUUUGAUGGGAGCGGAGGGAACGGACAUGCCCUUGAGCACUACAAAAAAACCAACUUCCCCCUGGCAGUUAAACUCGACACAAUCACCCCAGAUGGAGCAGAUGUUUAUUCGUUUGACGAAGAAGAAGCAGUGCUUGAUCCUCACAUAUCAGAACAUUUGUUACACUUUGGAAUAGAUAUGCUGCAAAUGCAAAGGACAGAGAAUGGUCAUCAUACAGACAACCACGUCCAGCCUCGUGUGAGUGACUGGGAAGUUAUUCAGGAGGCGGGUCUAAAGCUAAAGCCUGUCUAUGGCUCAGGAUAUACAGGCAUCAAAAACCUGGCCAACAGCUGCUACCUGAGCACCACUAUGCAAGUGCUUUUCAGUAUUCCAGAGUUCCAGAGAGCGUAUGUUGGCAACCUACAGAGAAUAUUUGACUUCUCACCCCUCGAUCCAACUCAGGAUUUCAACACACAAAUGGCGAAACUCGGUCAUGGACUUCUGUCAGGCCAGUACUCAAAACCUCCAAUGAAAUCAGAACUUAUUGAACAGGUGGUGAAUGAAGAACACAAGCAGCAGCAAAGAGGGAUUUCCCCUAAGAUGUUUAAAGCGCUGGUCAGUAAAGGACACCCAGAGUUCUCCUCGAACCGGCAACAAGAUGCUCAUGAAUUCUUGCUGCACUUAAUUAACCUGGUAGAGAGGAACAGUUCAGGCUCAGAGAACCCCAGCGAUGUGUUCCGCUUCUUAGUUGAGGAGCGAGUGCAGUGCUGUCAGACACAGAAGGUGCGCUACUCACAGCGAGUGGACUACCUCAUGCAGCUUCCUGUACCCUUGGAGGCUGCCAGCAACAGAGAGGACUUAAUAGCAUAUGAGAGUAAGCGUAAGGAAGCUGAGGAGAACAUGCGGCCCCCUCCAGAGCCGGUGAGAGCCCGAAUCCCCUUCACUGCUUGUCUGCAAGCCUUCACUGAGCCUGAGAAUGUUCCAGACUUCUGGAGCUCUGCACUGCAAGCCAAGUCAGCCGGAGUGAAGACUUCUCGUUUCGCAUCCUUCCCAGAGUACAUGGUCAUGCAAAUAAAGAAGUUCACAUUCGGGGUUGAUUGGGUGCCCAAAAAGUUAGAUGUUUCUGUUGAUGUACCUGAUUUCCUGGACUUGAAUCGCCUCCGGGCCACAGGGCUACAGACUGGAGAAGAGGAGCUGCCUGACCUUACACCUCCCAUUGUCAUUCCUGAAGACACCAGAGCCACUAUUCUCUUCAUCUGUUCCUCAGCUCCAGAAAUAGAUGAAUCAUCCGUGAUGCAGCUGGCAGAGAUGGGUUUCCCUCUGGAAGCCUGUCGGAAGGCAGUGUACUACACUGGGAAUAUGGGGGCAGAGAUGGCCUUUAACUGGAUAAUAGCACACAUGGAAGAGCCAGAUUUUGCUGAGCCUCUGGCAGUUCCCACUUACAUGGAACCAGACCUUCCCAGUCCCAGCCUCCCUACUACCAGUGCACUGGAUAACCAGCCUCCAGAAGAGAGCAUCUCCAUCCUCACCUCCAUGGGCUUCCCCAGACAUCACACAAUCCAGGCUCUCAAAGCCACAAACAACAACUUGGAGCGUGCGCUUGACUGGAUAUUCACACACCCAGACUGUGAGGAUGAGAGUGAGGCUAUGUCAGACACGGCAGACACAGAGGCGAACGAUAACAGCUUUUCAAAUGCCAAUGCCCACAGCGACUCCUCACUGUCUCCAGAUCAGGACCUGUCCAGCCCCCGUGUCAGAGACGGACCCGGGCGUUACGAACUGUUUGCCUUCAUCAGUCACAUGGGAGCAUCCACAAUGUCUGGUCAUUAUGUGUGUCAUAUCAAAAAAGAGGGCAGAUGGCUGAUUUACAACGACCACAAAGUAUGUUUGUCAGAGCGGCCCCCUAAAGACUUGGGCUACAUGUACUUUUACCGGCGCCUGUCAAGCUGCUAGAUCUGGACCUUCAUAACAAUAUGCACAGCCGUCUGGCCAGAGAGGUGUGUGGGGCACCACUAACACUGCUGGAAACUAGGGAAGCAUUUACAUCUGUGAGAUAAAGAGAGGACCUCUCAGUCCCUGCCAAGACCCGCACAGACGCUCAUACCACGAGAAACGUCCAGCAGGGAAAACGUGUGUCGUCCAUCUGAGUUUUGUUUAUUUGUUUGUCUUGUGUCUGCUUUAAAGGUACAGUGGGGUGCGUGCAAUUUUAGGUAUGCAGAUUAUUUUCCUAAUAUAUUCUCAAAUUAUUUGUUAUAUUUCUCUUUGAAUACUUUAAGCUCCUGUGCCAGUAUUUUCCAGGCGUAUUUCUUUUAAAAAUAUAAUGUGUGCCUGCAUUUACAAAUGUUUUUACUGACAUCUCAGCAGAAUGUACUCAUUAAUGUACUGCAAUUCAUUUCAUAUCCUUUGGGUUUUACAGUUGUUCAACAACGACAACAACAAAAAAUCGGUCAGAUUAGAUUUCAAAAAGAGAUCACAUUUUGUGGGAGCUGCAAUCAAUCCAAAACAUAAUGUAAUUAUUUCACUUUUUUUCAUGCCCAUACAGGAAAAAAAAGUUUAAGCAGGCAUGUUUAUUGAAAUAUUGGAUUAUGUUCCUUGUUUGGCAGGUCUUAGUUUGCUGUUAGAUAUUUAUUCUACCAUUCAGAUUGAUCCUUGUAUGUGGCACCAUCGACUUGUUCUUUAAAGGAAUCGUUCACCCAAAAAAGAAACUUUCCAGAAAAUUGUCGUCCAAUAUGUAUAUGUAGAAUUUGUUUCUUUAUUAAAACAUAUUUUUGCAGAAAUUUACCAUUCACUUUCUCACCAAUGAAUUCUCUUUAGUGAAUGGGUGCCGUCAGAAUGAGAGUCCAAACAGCUGUAAAAACAUUGCAGUAAUCCACACGACUCCAGUACAUCAAUUAACAUUUUGUGAAAUGAAAAGCUGCAUGUUUGUAAGAAACACACACUUCGCAAGAUGUUAACAGAUGUGUGUGAUGCUUUUAUCAGCAGUUUGGACUUUCAUUCAGACAGCACCCAUUCACUGCAGAGGAUCCAUUUGUGAGAAAGUGAUGUAAUGUCAAAUUUCUCCAAAUAUGUUUCAAUGAAAAAACAAACUCAUCUACUGUACUUUUAAGAUGGCCUGAGGUUGAAUGCAUUUUCAUUUUGUUAUGUACUAUUCCUUUAAUGGAGGUUUAUUCUAUCCAGAAGAACACGUUUCCAUACCUUUAGGCAGAAGCGAACUUGUACUUUUAUGAUUUUUUCAUAUUCAAAAAGAUUGAGCCCCAUGUAUUGGCAUGACUUGAAGAAUAUUUGAUUUAUACAAUAUCAUCCUAUUCAACUUUAUGAUAGCUUUCAGUCAGUUUGUGAUAGCUGACCCGAAAAUGCAGCGAUAUCACAUAUUCAUGCAAUGUUCAAGUGCUUAACUUUGAUCAUAUCUGAAGCCGUUUAAAAGGCUGGGAUGCAUUUGAAAUUGUUCCGUUUCAUUGACUUCCAGUCUUAAAGAAUGUAAAACUGUUUUUAUCCCAUACCUAAGCAAUAUGUGAUGACAUACUGCAUAUAAAACUGAAUUAUAUGCAGUGUCAUACAUAGAACUAUCUCAGAUACAUGUAUGUAUUGGUGCUCAGUGUUACCAAAUCUCAAGCUUUAUGACAUAUCUGUCAAACCUGGCUCCGCCUCCAUCAAUCUUUACCAAUUUCAA